AUGACCACAGAGUAUAAAGAAAACAAAGUCAGCCACCUUACCUCUGGUGAGACAUGGGGACUUUGCACAACGGAGUCAUUCAGGAUGGGAAUGGACAUACCGGACAUCAUGCUUGUGAUCCAAUGGAGGGCAACAUGCAAGUUAUCAAUGUUGUGGCAGAGAUGGGGACGUGCCACCAGAGAUAGGCUGCUACAGGGCACAGCAAUCCUAUUUGCCAAGAAGGAAUAUUUUGACAAUGUGCGCCAAGAGAGACAUCAGCAUCAAGAGACAAGGAAGCGAAAAGCUGACGACAAGUCCAGUGCCACUGCUGGUAUGACUCAAUCCAGAAAUAAAUUUUGGCACAUAGCCAAGCAAGCUGCAGCAUCCACGGAACAAGAUGAGGAUGAGAAUCUUCGAGUUGAAGAUAAGGACAUGGAUGGGAAUGAACAUGACAGUAGCAAUAAUGUGGCGGGUGAAGGAGAUAGGGAUUCAGAACUACGUGACAUGCUCAAAUCAACAGCAGACGGGAGGACUGGAUGGAACGCAUGA